AUGGGUGGUGGUGGAGAUAUGAGGAGCAAGGUCUCCUACCCAAUUCUCGCUCACAGACCAGUGGGCGUUCCCAAGACCAGCAUUCUCAAAGACCGAAUUGAACCCUUCUACAAGUCUAAUCAGUAUGAGAAGGUGAAUUUGUUAGCCAACUUGUAUAAUGCGAGGUUUUCAGGCAAACCUCAUGUCAAGAUCCAUGUCUGGAGUGCCCCUGGUCAAGAUAGGCCAACCUUUGAUGAAGCCACUUCACACGAAUUCAAGGAAACCCACACCGGUGCAGCAUUUGGCCCCUCGUGGACCACACACUGGUUCCGCGUUCAUUUGACUGUCCCAAAAGAGAUCCUGCACGAAGAGCUUCUCAUUCUGGAAUGGGAUGCCAACAACGAGGGUCUCGUUUGGACCGAAGACGGUAUGCCCCUCCAGGGCCUCACCGGCGGUGGCGAACGCAUUGAGUGGAAUCUUCCUGAGUCUUUCAGAGACGGCAAGGAGCACGUUAUUUACAUCGAAAUGGCUUGCAAUGGCAUGUUUGGAAAUGCCCCUAACGGGAAAAGCAGCAUUGCUCCCCCCGAUGAAAACAGGUACUACGGUUUGAGCAAGGCCAACAUCGCAGCAGUCAACGUGCAAGCUCGGAAGCUCUAUUUUGACAUGUGGGAGCUCGGAGACGCUGCUCGCGAGCUACCAGAAGAUUCUGCCGAGCAGAAUCACGCCCUUUCCGUGGCCAUGAGGAUUAUUGACACGUUCCAAGUCAAUAACCAAGAGUCCAUCCUAAAGUGCCGAGAAAUUGCCAAGGAGAUUAUUGGCCCUGAUGUCGACUCCCACACGGUCUACGAAAAGGGCAAGGAACCCGUCGUGUUCGGCAUUGGUCACUGCCAUAUUGACAGUUGCUGGCUAUGGCCCUUUGCGGAAACAAAGCGUAAAGUUGCCAGAUCGUGGUCCAGCCAGUGCGAUUUGAUGGACCGAUACCCCGAGGCACAUUUUGCCUGUUCUCAAGCUCAGCAAUACAAGUGGCUGAAGCAACUAUACCCGGCUGCAUUCGAGCGCGUCAAGCGAAAGGUCAACGAGGGACAGUUCCAUCCCAUUGGCGGUAGCUGGGUUGAGCAUGACACGAAUAUGCCCAGUGGAGAGUCUCUAGUUCGUCAAUUUUUCUAUGGCCAACGAUUCUACGAAGCCGAGUUCGGCUCUCGAUGCCGUACUUUCUGGCUACCAGACACUUUUGGAUAUUCGAGCCAACUUCCUCAGCUCUGCCGACUGGCUGGCAUGGACCGUUUCAUGACCCAGAAACUAAGCUGGAACAACAUCAACAACUUCCCUCAUACCACAUUUAUGUGGGUGAGCCCAGACGGAAGCCAAGUCAUGUGUCACAUGCCCCCAUCCGAGACUUACACGGCAGAAGCCGACUUUGGCGACUUGCGUCGCAGUAUUAGCAAGCACAAGACGAUGCGAGUUGACAGUUCGUCGUUGCUCGUGUUCGGAAAAGGUGACGGUGGUGGUGGCCCAACUUGGCAGCACUUUGAGAAGUUGCGACGUUGCGCAGGUAUCAGCAACACUAUCGGAGGCAUCCCCAAGCUCAAGCUUGGUCUCAGCGUUGAUGACUUCUUUGAGCGCCUGGCACCCAAGGCCAAGGACUUCCCUACCUGGUACGGAGAGCUCUACUUUGAGCUUCACCGAGGUACCUAUACCACUCAGGCCAACAACAAAAUGUUUAACCGCAAGGCUGAGGUCUUGCUGAGAGACAUUGAACAGCUUGCAACAAUUGCAUCCAUUGAAAACUCGUCCUACAAGUAUCCCACAAAGGAGAUUGACAGUAUGUGGGAGAAUGUGUUGCUUUGCCAGUUCCAUGACUGUCUUCCCGGCAGUUCCAUUGGAAUGUGCUAUGAUGAAUCCGACAAGUUUUACGCUGAAGUCUUCAAGACUGGCGAAAAGUUGCUCAGAGACCUGUACGACUCCUAUGGUGUGUCCUCUACACUAUCAAGUUCUGUCCAUGAGUCUGUUGUUGUCAACACUCUUCCCUGGCAUCGUAAGGAAAUUGUCGAAAUAUCUGAGACGGAGGUCGGUGUUGCUUGUGGAGAUGCCCAGAUGCUCCCAGUUCGCAGCUUCAAAGUCCAGGAGGACAAGCCUGCGGUGAGCGUGACGUCGAAUGGCAAUGUCUAUGUGCUGCAGAAUGAUCAGCUCCGGCUAGUCGUGGACAAUGGGUGCGUCACAUCGUUGUACGAUCUUGCAAAUGAUCGCGAAGUCAUUGAACAAGGUGGCAAGGCGAACAAGUUUGUUAUGUUUGAUGACAUUCCUCUAUUCUGGGAGGCAUGGGAUGUAGAGGUCUACCACCUUGACACCCGCAGAGAGCUGCAGUAUGGCGAGACAAGGAUUCAUGAGAACAAGCCUCACCGCGUAACCUUGGUCACUGAUAUCAAGAUUAGCGAUAAGAGCUCCAUGAAAGCGUACAUCUCCCUUUCGGCGGCUUUGAAGGGACAGCAGUCUCAAGUGGAGUGCUCUGCAGAAGUUGAUUGGCAUGAAAACUCCAAGUUCCUCAAGGUUGAGUUCCCUGUCAAUGUUGUUAAUACCGAGGCUUCGUAUGAGACAGCAUACAGCAUCACCAAGAGGCCGACGCACUACAACACCAGCUGGGAUAUGGCCAAGUUUGAGGUUUGCUGCCACAAGUUUGCUGAUCUCUCUGAGCACAACUAUGGUGUUUCUAUUCUCAACGACAGCAAGUACGGUUUUGCCACUGCCGGCAAGACCAUGCGACUGUCACUCCUCCGAGCUCCCAAGGCCCCUGAUGAGAACGCUGAUAUGGGACACCACAGCAUCCGCUGGGCCAUUUUCCCUCACAAGGGAGCCUUGUCUUCUCAGACAGUCAAGGCGGCCUACGCAUUCAACAACCCACUGAAGUUGCUGUCUGCACCACAAACGACCAUCCAGAGCCUAUCAGCAGCGCCAAUCAAGUUGAUUAACCGAGAAGAGUCUUCGUCUCUGAUUCUCGACACUGUCAAGCGUGGUCAUGACGACAACGAUGUGAGCCUUCGUGAAGGUCUGCGAGUGAACAAGGGCCAAAGCAUCAUUUUGCGUGUGUAUGAAUCUUUGGGCGGCCAUAGCAGAGGCACCAUUAAGACAUCGUACAACGUCAAGCGAGUGAGCAAGGCAAGCAUCCUUGAGGAUGAGUUGGAGGAGGUGGAACUGGGUGAGGGUGGGUUUGACAUCAAGUUGAGACCGUUUGAGGUGGCUACAUACAAGCUCCAGCUGUAG